AUGCAAAAAUCAGUUGCAAAGUUGUUUAAAGUUGUGCCUAUUGAAGGAAGUUUUUAUUAUACCAAUAGCAUUGUCGAUAAAAACACAUACACUAUUAAACCAGAGGAUGUCAGUUUCUACAACGAUGCAAUGAAAGUCAUCGAAAAGAUAGAACAAGACAAUUUCGGUAUCGAUAAGCUCUUCAAGUUGUAUCCAAAACCAGGAAAAUCAAACAUUUUCGCCACACAUCCAGAUGCGUUAAAAAAACACAUUAACGAUAGAGAAAAAGAAAUGAGAGAGCAACAACAACAAUCGGAAUCAACAUCAGAACCAACACAACAACCACCAUUAAAGAGACAGAGAGUGACACCAACAUUACCUCAAGAUUGCUACGAUAAGAUCGUUCAAAAGAUCAUUGGAUAUACUCUGAUGGCAGACACAUUCCUACAACAAGAUCUACUUCCAGAGACACAAACAGAGGAAUGGAAAGAACUAAUGGUUGAACUAUCAGGUGUUCUCUUCUCGUUGGCAUUGGUAUCGAAACAGUUCUUUGCAAAUGUCGGACGUGUCUUGGAAACACUGAAUUGGACAAGACGAUUCCCAAACAAAUACAUUAAAGGUCAGAUCAAUUACGACCGGCCAUUCUGUAUGUUCAAGAAAGUUCCUUCAAGCAUUCGAUACGAUGCACUCAUUAGAACUACACCCUAUAGAUUGGUGGAUCAAGUAUUUAACGGUGUCACAUCACUCACCAUUGUUGGUGAUACUCUAGACUGGAGUUACAUUGAUGGUGUCGAUAAAGCGGAGGAAUUGAAAAAUGACAACUAUUACGAUAUCGCCAAACCUAAUUUCGUCACCUAUCCGCCAAUUGGAUCGAUGCCAAAUCUCACCAAACUCGUUGUUGUUGGAAGAGCAUUUACAUACAGACACAAACAACAAGGCGAAACAGGUGGACUCUAUCUUCUCAAGUAUCUCAUUGCCAACACCGGAUGUAAACUCGAACAAUUUGAAUGUAUUGAACAACUCUGUUUGGAUUAUCAACCGGAAUUCGAUAUCUCACUUUUUGAGUGUCUCUUUGACAAACACAAGUCAACAAUUAAACUCGUCAAACUGAAGAGAACAACCAAAAAGAAUAGAAAUUAUCUAACUGCACUCGAGAUGCUUGUCGAAAAGCUAAAGAGUUAUCAAUCGAAAAUUAAAUUCAAACUAGAGUUUUAUGACAGCGUCAGUAAUAAUGCAACGAAAGAUAGUGAAGAUGCAUAUAAAGUGGUGAAAGAAUUUGAAGAUUUGGAACUUUUACAAAAAGAUGAUGAGGAUGAUGACUCUGACGGAGGUAAUGAUGUAUUUGAUGAUGAUUCAUAUGAUGAUAUGUAA